AUGGCACCACCGGCCUCGAAGAAACGCAAAAUCACCGUCACGGCUCCGGAAAAGAUUGAUUUCGACUUUGCAGCGCGCGAAGAAUACCUGACAGGCUUCCACAAGCGCAAACUCGCGCGCAUAAAGCAUGCCCAGGAGGAGAAUGCAAAGCGCGAGAAAGAGGAGAAGUUGAAGUUCAGACGAGAGCUACGAGAACAGCGCAAAGCCGACCUAGAGCGCCACGUUGAAGAAGUAAACCGAUUAGUCAAGCAAGCAAAUGGCGACCUGGACGAAGCGGGCGAAACAUCCGACAAUGACGAUGACGAGGAGGAAGAAUUCACAGGGUUCCAGGAACCCGAGCCGAUAAACCAAGAGGACGAGUACAUUGACGAGGAUAAAUACACGACCGUUACGAUUGAAAGUGUGGGCAUAUCACGGGCAGGCUUCUCGCGGCCGGGCGAAGACGAGGACGAGGAAGCGGCGGCGAAGAGGAAGGCGGCGGAGGCGGCGGCAGAGGAGAGCAAGAAGAGGGUGUGGACAAAGGCGUGGCCGAAGAAUAGUGACAGGCUCAAGAAGAAGAAGAAGAAGUUUAGGUAUGAGACCAAAACGGAGAGAAAGGCGGAGCGCAUGAAGCAGGGUAUGAAAAAGAGGAAGCAGAAGGAGGCCAGGACGAGCAAGUAG